AGCAUCCCGCCCCUUAAUUCCAUUUUUUCCCUUUUUUUCCUUUUACCUACUGAAGAUGGCGGCGGCGGUGGUGUUUCUGAUUCUGGGGUGGGGUUAAGAGCCGGGCGUUCCUGGCGCGGAGGGCUCCCAGCACCCAGCAGGCCAAGAACCUGAAGGCAAGGAAGAGAGGCAAGGACCUGGGACCUUCUGCAUGCCCAGCAGAUGACCUGCCCCUGAGCUUCAUCCCUCUCCCCCUGUUGCUCCGCAGGAACGGGUCUUCAGAGAUGUGCUCUCCUACCUUCUUGCAGGUGCGACUGCCGUCCUUCUGAGGCCCAGGGAGAAGACCUUGCCCCCCACCCCACCAUGCUCCGAAGGCUCCUGGAUCGGCCCUGCACUUUGGCUCUCCUCAUUGGCUUCCAGUUUGCCUUCAUGGCUUAUUUCUCCUUUGGUGGAUUCCGGAACUUGGCCUCGAUAUUUGGGCACGACGCCAACCCGUCCUUCGACUACUCCCGGACCCACGACGUCUACACCAACCUCAGCCUCCUGCCUCAGCAGCCCCGCUAUGGGAGCCCCACUCAGUCUCUGCCCUACUGCCCGGAGCGGUCGCCGUACCUCAUUGGCCCCCUGACAGUGGGCUUCAGCCAGGUGCCGAAUCUGGAGCAGAUCCAAGAGAAGAACCCGGCGGUGGGCCUCGGGGGCAGGUACCGCCCUUCCGCCUGCGAGCCACGCUCCCGGACAGCCGUCAUCAUCCCGCACCGCAACCGGGAGAUGCACCUGCGCCACUUGCUCUACUACUUGCACCCCUUCCUCCAGCGCCAGCAGCUGCAAUAUGGGAUCUAUGUGGUUCAUCAGGCUGGGAAUGCGACUUUCAACCGGGCCAAACUGCUGAAUGUGGGCGUGAAGGAAGCCCUAAAGGAUGAGGAGUGGAACUGCCUCUUCCUCCACGAUGUUGACCUCAUUCCGGAGAACGACCACAAUCUCUACGUCUGCGACCCGUGGAGUCCCAAGCACGUCUCUGUCGCCAUGAACAAGUUUGGCUACAACCUCCCAUAUUCGCAGUACUUUGGUGGUGUGUCGGCCCUUACCCCGGACCAGUACCUAAAGAUCAAUGGCUUCCCCAACGAGUACUGGGGCUGGGGAGGCGAGGACGACGACAUCGCCACUAGGGUGCGCCUGGCCGGCAUGAAGAUCUCACGCCCUCCUGUCUCUGUCGGCCACUACAAGAUGGUGAAGCAUAAGGGAGAUAAAGGCAACGAGGAGAAUCCACACAGGUUUGACCUGCUGAUCAGGACGCACCGGGCUUGGACGCAGGACGGGAUGAACUCCCUCUCGUACACGCUCCUUUCCAAGGAGCUGCAGCCUCUCUACACCAACAUCACGGCCGACAUCGGCACCAACCCUCGGGCCACCCGGGGCGGGAAGGGCUCGAUCCCCAGCCUCGGCGGCAGGAACUAUCCGAGCGGCAGCAACCACGACUUCCGCCAGGAGAUGCUGCGCAAGACUCCGUUUGCCAAACUCUCCCGGGCCAUGGGUUGGGGGGAAGUGCCCUUUGGGACCAUCCAGGCCCUGCUGGAUUCGGCCACGGGAGAGCGGGGGGCUCCCAAACUGGAGAAGACGAAAACCAGCCCCACAGCGGGGAAAGUGGAGCGGGAGGUGGGAGCCCCCCAUGCAGUGGCUGGCAGCGCCAGGCCAGGAAUCCUCAGAACGGCCGUCCUGGCAGAGGCACCCAGCGUGGAAGCUGCGAAGCGAGAAGCAGAGGAUGCUGGGAAGCAUCUACCCGGGCAAGCGGAGGCAGAGUCUUCCAAGACCCCUGCCUCCCCGGUCCAGAAGCCCAUGAGCAAUCACACUGGCCCAGGAAGCGCUGGCUAGGGCGGGUGCAGUCCAAGCCGGUGGGCACCACAGCCAAGCCUCAAGCCUCUAGAACCAAUCGUAGGAGUUGCAAUAAUAAUAAGGCUGUGGCCUAGAGCCCAUUGGGCUGCCUUCUCUGUGUCUGCUGGGUCAGCAGGGCCCAACAAACCCGGACUGGACAAUGGAGAGAGACCUGAGAGGGGCAAGAAAUGGUAGUUAAAUUUCCACUGGGGAGGGGGAAUACACUCCACAUUCUGAUCCCUUAGCGAUUUGACUCCUGGUUCCACCUGCGGUGUCGUCUCCUCCCGAAGACUUUGGCCCUACCUCAGAGGUGCCACCCACCUUCUGCAGAAGAGUUAGGCCUUGCUGCUGCGCAGCCACACCCCCUUGGCUUUGGGGCUGGCUCUAUGGGGCCCGGGGGUGUGCUGUACCGUUAAAGGAGGUCAUUAAGGUGAUGUGACAUUUGCGUGCUAAUGGAUUUUGUCGGAGGCAGUCGACAGAACAGGGGGAAGAGGCGGCUGCCUAUGGUUGAAGUGAAGGAGGGCACAUCCACUGAGCUCCAUCCUGUCGCUGAUGCCAGGCUCUCUCGGAAGCAAAGGCAGUUCCUGCCAAAGCCCUUGGGCUCAUGUUGUCCCGGUGGAAAGAUGGGGGCCUCUUCCCUGCCUGGUUUGAAGAAGAGGGCACUCCACAGCCUGGCGCUGCUGAGUGGCUUCUUCAAAAGGCUGGCAAAGGCGGGGAUCUCCUGCUUAGCCAGGCUUUCGAGGUGCUGGUGGUGAAUCUAACAUUUGGUAGGAGAGAGAUCUGUCCGUCGUCCGUCCAUCCCUCCAGUCAAACCACCUCCUAGCAGGGAAUUGGAAGUCUCUCUGCAGUUCUCUGAACCAACCCCUCUCACGUCUUCUGGAGCUGGACACAGCUGGACGCUGGAACCUAUUUAUUCAUUCUGAGCCAAGCAACAAAUCCUGUUUUUUAUGUCCAAGGAUUAGGGCCACGUUCACACCACGCAUUGAAAGCAUUACAAUGCCACUUUUGGAAUUCUAGGAGCUGUGGUUCGUUUGGCGUGUUGAGGGUUGCUGUGGGGUCCCUAGUUCACCUCACAAGGGGUUUAACAUUCAAUCCCUCCUCACAGGGAACUCUGGAUUUCAGCUCCGUGAGGGGGAAGGUCAGGUGGUCAUCUCCCAACAACUCUCGGCACCUUAAUAGUUCCCAUGAUUAUUUGGGGGAAGCUGUUUAAAAUGGUACGAUAGGUCUUUAAAUGUAUGGCGUGAAGGUGGCCUAGGUUCAUUUUUGGAUCAAAAGUGGAGCUUCUUCUCAACUUUGGGCUGUUGUGCAAUAUAUUCCUUCCCAAGGGGUUCCCUUUUAAUGGCGUAGUGCCAUUUUGGUACCCUAAUCCCCACCCCAAAUAGGCUGAGGUGCCCGCUGGAUGCCUGCCCUCCCAGGCUGUUUCUAGCACCUUGGCUCCCCUUCCUUGCCUGAAAAAAAGGCCUAUGUGGACCAUUAGAAAUGGGGUUUGAUCAGCCCUGUACUUUCUGUAGCUGCUGAAUCAUGGUGGUUUUUAAAAUCAAAAUAAGCUGGAAAGGGGAUAGAUCGUAAAACUUCACGUGAAUGGAAGUUAUAGCGAUAUAGUUGACAUUACACAAUGCCCUCUUCCAGCUCUACACACUCACACACACAUUUUUCUCAGGGCUGGUCCCAGCCUGCAACCUGUGCCCGCCCCCCCUGCCCCCCCCAGCCUCAGAAAAGGCCCUUUCCUCUCCCUCUCCGCAGGUGUGCGUCUCACAAUCGCUCUAGCUGUUGGCAGUGGUGUGUAGUUAUUUAUUCUAU